ACCAUUUCUGCCAGAGGAGGGAGACUUCUGACCCGGGGGAGGAGACUUCUGACCCCAGCUGAUUACAAUUGGGGAGCCCAUUUAUUGGGUGGGAGACGAGGAUGUCUUUCCUUUGGUAACAUUUUGUGUUCUUCCAUUCAGGAUUUCGGACUUGGCGGGGGGCGGCCCAUUCCCUAUCAGAUGGGCGUUCCCACCGACCUGCUGCAUUCCCAAGGUUCCGGAUCAAUAUCCCGCCUUCCCUAUGGAACCCAGAGUGCAUAUACCCAGAACCAGCCUCUGCCCCCCGGUGGUCCCCGUCUGGAUACUUACCGCCCCCCUCGGAUGAAUAUGGUGAAGGUGGUCCAGACUCGGCCCCCGUAUGGAAGUGUACCGCCUGGUGUAGGAGGGAUGAUGGACCCCUAUAAACCUAUCAUGUACCGGCCGCAGCCUCCCAUCCCCCAGGGACAGCUACUAAGGCAGCAUCUGCAGGCCAAGCUGCAGACGCAGGGGAUGAUGGGCCAGCCUGUCCGGCAGAUGACCCCCACACCUCAGUACGGCUCCAUGACACCUUCACAGGGGUAUACGCCGUACACCCCCCACGUGCCCAUGCAGCAGCAGCACCCACCUCCCUCUCAGGGGGGCGGCCUGGUGCCCCCCGCGUACAGCGCCCAGACGUAUGGCGGCUCCCUUCCACCUUCAGGCGGCACCCUACUUGAUCCUGUGCGUCAGAUGCAGCAGAGGCCGAGCGGCUACGUCCACCAACAAGCGGGCUACGCCCACAAUCCGCAGACCGCUCAGAGGUUCCAGCACCAACAGAUGCCACAGGCCGGCAUGAUGUCCGGGAUGGGUCACAUGACCGCACAGACAGUUCAGGCUGCGGUCCGACCCACUCAGAUGUUACCGGAGCAGCAGCAGCAGCAACAGUAUCUGAGGCAGCAGCAGAUGUUACGGCAGCAACAACAGCAACAACAACAGCAGCAGCAGCAGCAGCAGCAGCAGCAACCUCAGGCACCUCCUCAGCCCCAGGCACCUCCUCAACCACAGCCACCACCUCAGCAGGUCGCAGCGGUACCACAGGCUCAGACACAGGGCCAGCCCCCGGACUCGGCAUGCAGGCACUGGCCCCUCAGCAGCCCAUGUUUCAGAGACAAGGCCUUCAGCAGUACUCUCCAGCAAACAACAGACGGCGGCUCUCGUGCGACAACUACAGCAGCAAUUAUCCAACACACAACCCCAGCAAGCUUCCAAUAUGUUUGGCCGGUUCUG